UUUCUGUUAGCGAUGGACCGAUGAACCUGAAGGCUGAAAUCUCGCGACUGACGAUGAUAAUUGAAGAAUGCUGAAAGGCAUCGAUCGCAGUACCGAAAAUAAUUCUACUUUGACAGCUAUCAGGCCGUUCUUUUAUUAUCGAUAAUUUACGAUAAUCUAUGCAAGACUGUGAUACAGACCAUGAAAAAAUGAAACGGUACUUUGCACGUGAUGCAGUGCGUAUGAAAAAUAGUGCUGUUGGAUUUAAAUGGGAAUGAUUUAAAUUUUGCGUGCAUUCGUAAAAGGCUACUACGUUAAACUGAACAUAAGCAGCUGAGAAUAUCGCCAUGAGAUAUUAUCGCAUUAAAGAAUUGACUCUUUUUCACUCGUAAUUAAUUAUAAUAAAAUUUAAUUUUCGUAUGUAUGGUUUAAUUAAUUAUUAUUACUGUAUUGCUAUUAUUAUGUACCUCAGUGAGUUUUUAUGUUAGCUACAUGAGAUAUAUGUAACUAAUUAUCAUAAUAGAUAUUUAGCGUUAAUUUGCUAGUUAUAAAUAUCAUUCAACAUAUCCUAACUUGUAUGAAAUAUUCUUGAUAUUUCUCGAAUUGCAUUUCUUGCUGUCUAAUCUUUCUAUACUUUUUAAAAUUAUUUCUCCAUUUAUGUUUUUUUACGGAGCCAAUCGCAGCGCUCGCGCUUUCUAGUGGUACGUAUCGCCUGCAGAGGCGCUGCGAGUCGUGCUGUCGAUCCGCCGCCCGCUUUUACCCUCUCGUACUCACAUGACACUCGUUAGAGACGAUCGGUGCUUUUGUUUCGUCAGUGUUGCUACCGCUGGUGCGUUCUGUGCGUAUGUCGCGUUGAGUGAACGACUGGUGCGAGUAAACAAAGCGCAUUCGGCGUGCACACCACCGGGUUUAUGUACGGCACGAACAUGCGCGAGCACGAGGAGUUCUCGAGGUGUUUCCCGAUUUGCCAACCGAUCCAGGCCCCACCGCCGUCGCCACGGGCCCCGGGCCUGGACGCCUUGCACAGCCUCUGCAAGCAGAUUUACCCCGACCAAGGAAAUCCGCUGACUGUGACGGCGAUUGUCAAGCACUGGUUAGGGGGGCCAGAUCCUCUCGACUACAUUAGCAUGUACGCGAAUCCAGGAUGUCCCGAAUUCGGAGUACCGCCGCAUUGGCACUACGUCAGCUUUGGAUUAUCCGAUUUACACGGUGACGGUCGGUUGCAUCCGAAACCUGGUCCAGGUCGUCCCAGCGGAUUCGGAUUCGAGUUGACGUUUCGGCUCGGCCGCGAGAGGAACGAGACGACGCCACCCACAUGGCCAGCGAACGUGAUGCAGCAAUUGGCCAAAUAUGUUUUCAACUCCGCAAACACGUUGAUGCCGGGUGAUCACGUCUCCUGGCACGCCGCGCUGGACGGCGGCAAUGGUCGUAUUACUCAGAUUUUAAUGGGACAGGACCCGCAACUGCCAGCGUCGGUUUCUACACCCCACGGUGAUGUAUCAUUCGUUCAAAUCGUCGGUGUUACUUCUGAGGAGUUGCAAGCGGCUCAACACUGGAACGGCUUGGGUGUCGUUAACUUGCUGAAGAGCGCGCGGGAUUGCGGUCCGUGGCUGGUAACAAAUAUGAAAAGGAUGCGAUCUGCCAUGGAGGACGAUCCGACCAUAGCGGAGAAGAUACAGUGUGGCAUCGAGAGGGACGGAUCGAACACGAGCGGCGUGUCUGCCAAAUGUUGGUGGGUGCAGAUAACGAACGACAAAAGCGCGGAGAGGUACAGGGAGAAGAGGAACGAUUCCGAUGACGAGGAGGACGAGGAGGACGAGGAAGAGAAGGAGGAUGUGAAACCGAUCGUAAAAACGGAGAGAUUGUCGCCGUGCGAGCAGCAGGAGAGCAACAUGGUCGAAGAAACUAGUAUUAGAUUCCUGUCCGGGCUACACUUGACAUUCAAUCUCGAGGCCGGCUCGUUACUGCCGUUAGCGAUAAAAGGACGCGUGAUGCACGGCAGGCAUUUCACGUUCAAGUCCAUACUGUCGCACUCGGCCAUUACGAUAGUUGCGCCGUCGGUCACGGGUACGUUCGUGACUGAGGAGAAACCGUAUGCCGUUCGGGGUCCGUGGCUGCAGGUGCUGCUCUCGGAGGAGCUCGCUGGGAGAAUGGCCGGAGAGUUUCAAGUUCUCAACACGCCGGACAAGGUAAUGCCAUUGUCUAUUAUCGUCACGAUGGUUUCAGGUGUGCAAUCAAGGUGCCUUGCUGUUGCGGAAGUCCUGGACGAGUUUUGAAGAAUUUUAAAAUCUCGAUUCCUGAUAACGUUGAGCGAAGCGUUUUACACGUAUUCGCCGCUCUCUAUCAAUCUGUCGUUCUACCUGUUACAGAUUCAAUUGCCAAAGACGUUUUCUUGGCCGGAGCAUAACUUGGUCAUCACCAUCAUUAACGAUUAAAAAUCGAAAAGAAAGCGAUAUUACGAUCAUCACGUUUCAUAUCAUUUCAUAUAUAUAUAUAUAUAUAUAUAUAUAUAUAUAUAUAUAUAUUUAGGUUAAAGAUAGCGCAAUGAAAGUAUUAUCGAACCUCGUUCAGAGUCGAGUUUUCUAUUUAUAGCGACGUUUCUCCCAUGACUUCGUCUAGAGAAUAUAAGAUUUUGUAAUUUAUAUAUUUUAUACGUCUUCGUAUGAUUAAGGAAACUGACUUGCUUAUUGACUUGGUGUCCAAAAGCGGAGUAUAUCAAUCAAUAUAUAUUUUUCUUCUCGAAUGCUGCUCUCGAGGUAUUUUGUUAUAUUUUCUUAGGUAUGAAGGAGGUUUGCAGAAAUCAAUUUUGUCAAGUCGUUUAACCGAGAAAUUCAGCCAAUGUUAUCGCAAGUGAGAAAACAGCGUGUAGUAAAGCGAUAAUUCUUUUCGCGCGUAUAUAUUUAACUAUGUAUAUAAUAAGAUGUAAGUUAUAUAUUUUAUACAACGCGAGCUAUAUUUGAUAUACACGUUGUUACGGAUAAUAAACGUUUCUGUAAAUACUCGAUAAA